GGAUGCCAGCGGCGCACUUGGAGGUUAAGGUUGGGCGCGGAUUGUGUGGUGUUGCAGUUCGCGGUCGAAAUGUUGCGCGUGCUGAGCUGGAACAUCAAUGGGAUCCGGAGCCCCCUGCAAGGCAUGAUAUACGAGGAGCCCAGCAACUGUGCAGCCAUGGCCGUGGAGCGCAUUUUGGACAAGCUGGAUGCCGACAUUGUCUGCCUUCAGGAGACCAAAGGGAUGUGCUGACAGAGCCCCUGGCUAUCAUUGAGGGCUAUAACUCCUAUUUCAGCUUCAGCCGUAACCGCAGUGGCUAUUCUGGUGUAGCCACCUUCUGUAAGGACAGCGCUACCCCCAUGGCUGCUGAAGAAGGCCUGAGUGGCCUACUUGCCACUCACAAUGGGGACGUGGGUUGCUAUGGAAACAUGGAUGAAUUCACCCAAGAGGAGCUUCGGGCUCUGGAUAGUGAGGGCCGGGCCCUCCUCACACAACACAAGAUCCGCACAUGGGAAGGGAAAGAGAAGACCUUGACCCUAAUCAACGUGUACUGCCCCCAUGCGGAUGCUGGGAAACCUGAGCGGCUGUCCUUUAAAAUGCGCUUCUAUCGCUUGCUGCAGAUCCGAGCAGAAGCCCUUCUGGCAGCUGGCAGCCAUGUGAUCAUUCUGGGUGACCUGAAUACAGCCCACCGCCCCAUUGACCACUGGGAUGCAGUCAACCUGGAAUGCUUUGAAGAGGACCCAGGGCGCAAGUGGAUGGACGGCUUGCUCAGUAACCUGGGAUGCCAGGCUGGGUCCCAUGUACGGCCCUUCAUUGAUAGCUACCGCUGCUUCCAGCCAAACCAGGAGGGGGCAUUCACCUGCUGGUCAGCAGUCAGUGGUGCCCGCCAUCUGAAUUAUGGCUCCCGGCUUGACUAUGUGUUGGGGGACCGGACCCUGGUAAUAGAUACCUUCCAGGACUCCUUCCGGCUGCCUGAGGUGAUGGGCUCUGACCAUUGUCCCGUGGGUGCAGUCUUGAGUGUGUCCUCUGUGCCAGCAAAACAGUGCCCACCUCUGUGCACCCGCUUCCUCCCCGAGUUUGCAGGCACCCAGCUCAAGAUCCGUCGCUUCCUAGUUUGUCUCAAACAAGAUCCUGUGUGCAAGCAAUCAGCGCUGCGACUCAGCAAACAAACCCAGGUACAGAUGCACCAAAACAAAGCCCGUGUGCGCUCAACCAGGCCUCGGCCAAGUCAGGCUGGCUCCAGCAGAGGCCAGAAAAACCUGACAAGCUACUUCCAGCCAUCCUCCAAUCGUCCCCAAGCUUCUCCUAUCUUGGAGCUUCCUAGUGUGGGUGCCCUCAUGACCCCAAAGACUCUAGAAGAGGAGGUGAUGGCCAAAGUGGUGGAGGGGCAGGCCAGUGCUUCAGAGGCCAAGGAUGAGAAGGAGGUACGGACUUCUUUUUGGAAGUCUGUGCUGGGGGGCCCCUUGCCCAUGCCACUCUGUGGGGGUCACAGGGAGCCAUGUGUAAUGCGAACUGUGAAGAAGCCAGGACCCAAUCUGGGCCGCCACUUCUAUAUGUGUGCUAGGCCCCAGGGUCCUCCCACUGACCCUUCCUCCCGCUGCAACUUCUUCCUCUGGAGCAGGCCCAGCUGAACCAACUACAGAUGUCUGGCAUGGUCAACCCUGUACAUAAUCUGAAGCCAGCUCCCUCCUAAGCUGCCUCUUUCUUCCCCAAGGACCCUUCCUCCUCUUCCACUUUCCUGAAGAACGUUUCCUUUUCCUCUUCCUCCUUUAAGGCCUCUCUGACUCUCUUUUUCCUGCCUAGCACCUCCUCAUUGGUGAGCUUCUUAUUUCUUAAUGCUGUGACCCAGUUCCCCCACUCCACUUUCCAUCUUCCUGUCAGAAGUGCACAGGAACCAGUUGCCCCAGGAAGUUGAUUUUAAACCCUUUUCUUUCUUGCUGAGAAAUAUAUCUGUGCCUAAAUAAAGUCUGUGUUUUUGU